GCCGGAAUCGAGAAGGAUAUUCGGAAUGCGAUGACUCAAGCCUUCGAGAUGGUGGAUUCGGCACUUGCCCAUCUCAGCCAGCAGCCUUGGGACAAGCCGACUACUGAUUACGUGCGGAACCUCUUCACGAAGGAUGGUCGCGACCCCACGAAGACGAACAUGGAGAAGGUGAAACACGUGUUGAAGCAGAUUGGGAAAACUUACCGACAAGAGUUGACUGGAAACGUAGAGAUCAUUGAUGUCCUUGUUUACGUUAUAUUCUGCGACGAUUCCCGCUUCGAAAAACUGGAUGUCACGGAGGGGCUCCGCCGGAAACAUCUUUACUUAGACAAAGUUAGCGGACAGAUUGUCUCCUACAACAAGCACCAGUGCCAUGGGGGCAUCGCGGGAUUUGUGGCUCUCGCCGUAGCCAUGAAUCCGACCCAAUCAUUCAGACCGAUUAACCGGAAGACGGGUAAAGAAUGGUACUUCGAAAAAGAGCUUCCUUCCCAGAUCCAACUCUGUCCGUGGUUUGUCGACUGGGUUAAGAACCACGACUACAGAGUCCAGGCAGACGUCGCGCGGAGGGCAAAGAUCGGGAGGCGGGUCAUCGAGCUGACCGAGAAUAACUUUGGACUUCGACAGAUAGACGCACUAUCCUUGCUCGAUAAGGUUCUUCUGCAUGAAACGACCCAUGAACGUGCAGCCUGGCACCAGCGUGAGCUGAAAGACGACGAUACGGCGUGUGGGCUUAGAGAUGUAUGAUGCCUUUCGAGUAAGUUCUCCCAGAUGUGUUUCAAUCUAAUAUUUGAGCGAAGGUACCCACUCCGAGGAACCAUUUCUUGAUGCCUCUAGUUCGGCCUCCCGCAUAUGGUUGGAAAUGGGCCAAACAGCUUGCGAAAUAUGGAGGCGAUGUCGUUGGUCUAUACAGACCUCGUAUAGACGCGCCAGACCACAAUUCUGAUUCAGUAGCUCUCUUUGCCAGUGGUAUGGCAUCUCCCCUUCAUAGGAUUGUGCUUGACUUGUGCUAACGAUGGUAGCUUGCAAACUUUUAGAUGACACGUGGUCCAGAAGAGUGGAUGACGGCAGAG